GCGCCGCCGUGCUGUUGUUGAUUUACUGCUCAGUCGUACUUACCACCGUUAAGUCUCUCCGUUACUUCACCGGCUUUCUUCUUUCUCCGAUUCUCUAUGUCAAUAUAACUGAAAGCUAGAGUAUAAUAGCAAUACAAUCAACAUUCAUACUUAAAACUUCCCAUAACCUUGAGCUUGGAUCAUCGAGAGCAAGAAGAAGCACUUGGAAUCACUUUAGCUGCGUGGAGGUGGCUGAGGAUUCUUGGGUUUCAUCUGAUUUGCAGCAGAACUGGGGCCAAGCGUGAGUUCAAGUUCAGAGAGGCAAAAUGGAUGAUUUUGCAAUUAAAAAGCCAUGUUCUUCUGAGGCUUCUAGUAUAUCGGCAACAUCAGAAGAAUCUCAUAAAAUCGUCACAAACAUGAAGAAAACCAAAGAAAAAGUUGUGGAAGGCUCCCAAUUGAAGCCACAUGACUUAUCAUCUGUGGGUCUACUUCUUGAUCUCAAAAUCCACAAUGGUUACAACAACAACAAAAAUACUAAUUGUUCAAAUCCUGAACUCAAUCUUUUCAGUACAACUCCGGCUCAUGCUAGUGAGUCUUCCAACGAGGCAACGCCCAAACAGAGGCGUUCCUCGGAUGCUAGGACUUUCUCUUGUAGCUUCUGUAAGAGAGAAUUCUCCACUUCCCAAGCCUUAGGGGGACACCAAAAUGCUCACAAACAAGAGAGGGCAUUGGCUAAAAGGAGAAACGGGCUUGUUGAUGUUGUUGCGCCUUUUGUCCCUCCCAAUUAUCAUCCCUACUAUAAUCCCUACUCGAAUUUCAACUCACGCAUGCCAUUUCACAGUUCUUUUGCUUCUCGAUCAUCGCUUGCUGUUCAAGGAGAUUCUCCCGCGAUUCUUAAGCCUACUUCCUAUCAGACAUGGCCAUUUUUUUCCAGUUACAAUUUUCCAUUUAACCCUGAGAAGUGGUCAUCAUCAACAUCAAGCUCAUCAUUUUUUAGGUCAGAAAAUCUCCAAGAAAAUUAUAACAUGGGUAAGAUUGGAAUAGGAGGUGCUUCUUUGGAGAAUUCCCCUAAUUUUGAGAACAAACAAAGUGGAAAGGGUUUCAACUUAAUGAAUUCACCAAUCAAUGUUGAUGAUAAUCUUGGUGAAAAUAAUUAUAUGAAGGUGAAAUCGGGAGAGGAAGAAGCAAAAAGGAAAAAUGAAGAAGAAGAGCUUGAUUUGAAUCUAAAGCUGUAAUUUAAUUUGUUGCUUAGAAUUAGUUUGUUAUUCUAUGGAGGUUUAAUUUUAUUUGUGCAUUGUUUUUAUUCGAACAUGUGAUGUAUUUUAAUUCCCAUUUUCUUGUAGUUUGAUUUGAAUUCCAUUGAA